UUAGUUCGAUUUCGUGUGCGGACGUCGACUGACAGACGGCUCCAAGAAUUUAGCCGGGAAAUCGGGGAAAAUCAAAAAACAAAACUGAGGGAAAAUUGGCAACGCGUGUUUACAUUUUUAUUUCCUACGUGCUGAGACCCAAAUAAAUAUAAAAUAAAAGUCAUUUAUAUAGUUGAAAACACACAUUUAUUUAUAUUCAAAAUAUAUACUAUAUUUGCUUAUACAAAACAUACAGUUUUGUAUGUUCAAACCUCGUGCGGAUCGUUUCAAUUGCGCCGAGCAGAGCUAUAAAUAAGCCCGCCACUUGAAUUAUUUUCCAUAAAACCAUCAAAUACAACAAAUUCCAAUCACCAGCGAGAAAGGUGGCAAACCGAUUUUCCUCCCAUCAACAAUGCAGCAUUAUUUACUUUUGUUUGGCGCGCUCAUCUCGCUACUGGCCUCAGCUUACGCCAUCAAGUGCUAUGCCUGCGAAUCCGUCUACGAGGCUAGUUGCGGCGACGACUUCGAAGUCGAGAACCAUUUUAAAUACGACUGCGCCUUCAUUGCUCCUCCGCGAUUCCUGGAGAACGAUCUGCUCAGCGUGAAUGCCACGGCCUGUUUGAAACGGGUAUUCAAGGAAAACGGCGUGCGUAAGAUCGUCAGAGGCUGCUACUUCGGCGAGGUAAAUGCCACCGAUGUGUGGUGCAAAAUGGACCCCACCCUGUCGGCGGUGCAGAACUCAAGUUGUCAUGUGUGCGACAGCGAGAACUACUGCAACGGAUCGGAAAAUCAUCCAGUGGAUAAAUGGAAAAUCUUCGGCAGUCUGGUCUUGUUUCUCUUGGCAACUCAACUACUCUGAGGCGACAGGAGACGAAGUGGAAAUGUGGAAAUGUGGAGCGUGAAAUGAACAUUAAAAGGCACAGUAGCUUAAGUAAACCUAGUUCAAUUUAGAUGUAUUCCCAAGGCCCAGGACUAUCAAUUAGUAAAGCCCACAUUAGUAGAGCACACCAUCCACAAAACCGUUUAGCCAAAUCUGCCCGGCCCACUGUAUUAAUGGCUAAUCAACGCCGAACAUGGCGUAUGAGCAACAUCAGCACACCGAAAUGAGCCGAAAAGCUGGCAAACAAAUUUCGAACGAUCCAAAUACAAACUAAUAAAAACUAAUUUUACAC